AAGUCUCCUGAACCCUUAAAAUGACGUCACGAGAGUCAACAUAGAGCGAUGAAAGCACCAUCAUUUAACCGGCAAUCUACCUUCAAGUAACCUCCAGUCAGUAAACAACUCCUUAUUCUCCCCGUUGACUUAUUUUUCCGGUUUUGUGCCUUUUUGAUUUUCCCAUCGAAUCGAAAAGAUGUCAGCUCCACCGAAAAAACAGACGUUGGGCUAUGAGGAGAGCGGUAGCGACUCGGACGAAGAUCAAAGCGAGAACGAGGAAGGGAUGGAGUACACGGGUGACGAGGAGAUCCAGGUGGACUUCGAAGGCCGAAGCCCGACCGACUCCGACUACCACGGCAUCAAGCAGCUCCUGGCCCAAUUGUUCCUGAAGGCUCAUCUUAACCUGAGCGAACUGACGGACAUCAUCAUCGGCCAGAGCAACAUCGGAAGCGUGGUCAAACAAAGUGGUGCAGGUGAGAUAAAUGAAGAUGAUGAUGAUGACGACGAUGAUGACUUGAUGGGAGUGUUUGCAGUUACAAGCGCUGUUAGCCUAUCUUCAAAAAAGAAAGUUGAAGUAGUUCAGCAACUGCGGUCAUUGCUGGUGGAGCUGAGUUCAAGUCAUGCCACGGAGGAAUGUAAGACGUUUAUCAAAACAGCUAUCGAAGAUGCAGACGCGCCUCUUGGCUUGAUUAUAAAUGAGAGGUUCAUUAACAUUCCACCACAGCUUGCUGUGCCAAUUCUACAAAACUUAAGCAAUGAGCUUAAGAAGGCUGUCGAGAAGAAAGAGCCAUACAAUUUCUCACACCUAAUAUUCAUCUGUAAACUGUACAAAGACGAAGAACGGAAAGGAAAGAGGAAGAAGAUGCAGGAUGAUGUCAUCUGGUCAAAUCCUGAGGAGGAAAUCAUUGAUCAAAUGGCCGACUACAAGUUUGAGUUUUGUGUUAAGGAUGAAGUUGACUCCGGUCUCAGCGGAAACUGGCUCUCGGGCGAUGACACAAUGAUACCUUACAGGCGUGUCUUAAUAAUCGAAGCAAAUAAGUUUGAUUCCGUCAUAGAGCAGAUCAAGAUAGCCGUCCAACGUUAAAACUAUAAAAACCCAACCUGAUGGAUGUACCAUAACUGAUGUAUAUUUUUGUAUUACUCGAAAGAAACGACAGCCAAUGAUGAUCCCCCCCAUAUUUUUAUUUAGUUGUUAUUUUUAAAUUUUAUAUGUUAUAGCAUAUAAAUUUAUUUUCCAAGCCUCCUAAGUGUAUUUCUAAUGAUGUAAUCAUAAUAGUCAUUCUUUUCAAAAUACAAUAUCAAAAGUUUAAUUUUU